GUAUGGAGUGAUAUAGGAAAAAGGUUCAAACAGUCCCAAAUAUAUUCAAAAAAAUAAUUGGAUUCUUUAGAUGUGGUAACUACUAUAGACAAUAAAACAACCAGAAUUGAUCUGAUCCGCGAAAAGCUUGAGAUAAGUUUUGGGGUUCAAAACGUGUUCUACUUUAUUAUAUAGAUGCUUAAUUUAGGUUAUUAUGCUUGAGCUCAUGUCCUAGUCUGGCAUGACCUAUGGCUGUAACUACCCCAAAAUACCAUAUCUGUCUUCGAUAAUGCCCACACUAUGUGUUAUCCUUUUACAUUCUCAUAUGUGCUAAAUGAAAUCUACUUUUGCACUUGCAAUUGAAUAAGACUUGAAAGGUUUCACCAUACCUAGUCAGGCUCUAGUAAGGAAGGCAGAUCAAGAAGUGGUGGACAUGCUUCCAACAUCUGUGGAGAUUGUGCCUGGGGAUGUGGGUGAUCCCUCCACUCUCAAAGCUGCUGUGGAAGGUUGCAACAAAAUAAUAUAUUGUGCCACAGCUCGUUCCUCUAUCACCGGAGAUCUCAAUAGAGUUGAUCAUCAGGGCGUUUACAACCUUACCAAAGCGUUUCAGGACCAGAACAAUAAACUAGCACAACUACGAGCAGGAAAAAGCAGCAAAAGCAAGCUUUUACUUGCAAAAUUCAAGACUGCAGAUUCAUUGAAUGGGUGGGAUGUCCGUCUAGGAACUUAUUUCCAGGAUGAGGUUGCUGCUAAGUAUGAUGGAGGAAUGGACGCUAAAUUUGAGUUCACUGAGAGUGCAGAUGCAGUUUUCUCAGGCUAUGUAUUCACGAGGGGAGGGUAUGUGGAACUUUCAAAACAACUUUCGCUUCCCUUGGGUUGCACUCUUGACAGGUAUGAAGGUCUUUUACUUUCUAUUGGUGGGAAUGGAAGAUCUUAUGUUUUAAUUCUUGAGGCUGGUCCUUCAGCAGACACAACCCAGAGCAAAAUGUAUUUUGCAAGAAUUAGCACAAAAGUAGGAUUUUGCAGGGUGAGAGUACCAUUUUCAUCAUUUCGGCCUGUGAAACUAGAUGAUCUGCCACUGGAUCCAUUCCUUGUACACACCUUGACCAUACGCUUUGAGCCAAGAAGACAGGUCUUUGUUCAAUCGCAGUCACUUCCAUUUGGCUUUACUGGUAGUUUUUCUGGCUUUUAUUCUUGUUACAAAAAUGGCUUUCAUCUUUUCUCCAGUGUUACUUUUAUGAAUUUAUGGAGUUAA